AUGCAGGAUUUCAACACAAAAGGUGCUUUCAGCAAAUCAAAUGUAACCUACUAUGGAAAAAAUGCUAUGGAUGGAUUAUCUGUUGAUUCCAACUUCUACCAGACGCUCUGUAGUCUACCAGACCCUUUGGAGGUGAAAGCUUUCGAGCAGACUUACCUUCCUCAGGUGUCCGACGAAAAUGGCCAAGAAAGCACAUCAUGGAUCAUUGUUUGGUCCAAGGAAGAUGGGUGCCUUGCAUUUGAAAAAACACCCUUUGAAAAGAAACCAGGUCAGCCAGGAGCCCGAAAACGGAAAUCAGGGUCGAGACUAGGAAGCAAAGAGUUUAGGCAGUUUUGGAAAUUGGCAGAACAAAGCCCUAUGGAUCCAUUUACUGGAACUGAAGUAGUGUAUCACCACAGGAGUGAUUUGAAAUUUGCUAACAAAUUGCUGUGUUCAUUUUCGGAACUUCCGGUGUGCAACCUCGACUUCCGCAUCUGGCCAUGGCGGAUAGAAGCCUAUGGAGACCACUGUAAGCUGUGCCAUCACGUGCGUCUCUGCCUGGAAGGAGUUCCAGUCAACGCUUGGAACGAGAGCAUUGCUAAGCGGGUGGUGGCGAGAGCGUGCGACAUCGACUACGUGGAGCAGCAGUCGGUGGACCGGGAGGACACCAGGGUGCUAUGCCUCUGGGCGUGGACCUACAAUCCCUCCGAUAUCCCCAAGGUAACCUGGUUGACCAUAACUGACAAUACAAUGCUUGUUCAUGACGGCGCAGUCCCCCCUCAUGGCCGACGCGAAAGGAGGAGUGACCACUGGGGGUCACGUCUGCUCCGGAGCCUCUCUCGUGCCCCGGAGCGGGCAAGAGAGAGGGAACGGUCAGAGUCACGACAUGGCCGUCGCGACAGAUCGACUGCUCCAGGGGAACGACGCAGACACGGGCACGACAACGAUGGUGCCAGGAGCUGGACUCCGCCACGCAACACACGCGCAGAUCGCCGGAACGAGGAUGACGGCGUCCAGAGCGGGUCACCACCUCGCCGGCCGCGCUCAACUACUGGAGAGCACUGCAUCAACGACGACAUCAGCAGUAGGUCUCCAUCAAUUCGCAGCCCCGCCCCCAGCAACCUCCAACGGCGCUUCAAGCAAGGGGCUGACCCCGGCGCUGUGCUCGGAGAGGACAGCAGUAACAUGGUCGUGGGGUCUCCAGGGACAACAAGCAGGACGGCGGCCACGACAGCACCCUCUGGUAUGCCACAUGUGACAGGGAACACCCAACUGCUCGUCUCGACACACAAGGAAGGCGCCAACACUACACCGCUGCCUGCUGCAGGUGAACAUGACGUCCUGCCGCGAGACGGAACAUUGCUGUCCGCCGGCCAUGGCGUCCUGGAGCAGGGCGCAGCAUCGCCGACCACCGUCCACGGCGUCCCGGCGCAGGGCACAGCAACACCGAUCUCUGAGGGCGGGAGCGUUCUGCAAGUCCCACUCCCACUCAUGGACACGCCCCCUGCUUUGCCGGCGACUCCAGCAACCUCCAUCCGCGGCCGCACAAGGGAGCGUCAGUACGGGCGCCGCGACAGUGGCCGAAAUCGCUCCCCGCCCAGAAGCUCGCCCAAGACGCCGACAAAUGACGGCGACAGCUGCAUCAUCAGCCACAGGUGCAACACUCGCAGACCUGACGACGACAACAGUGGCUCCCCGCAUCCACCAGCAGUAACAUGUUCAACUGCAAGUUUUGACUGUCCUUCACCCCCCCAUACUACACAGGUUGUCAUCCCCAACCAGUGGCGACAGCAGGGACGAGGCUGCACAACGUUCUGCCACAACUGCGGCGUUCAGGCGAUCUCCUCGCUCCCACCAGGCCGCGUCUGGUACCCGAUUCAGAAGGUACCGCCCAAAUUGCGUCUAUGUCAGGCGUAA